AUGGGUCACUUAGCCUCUUCUUAUUUCACUCUCAUUGCUCUCCUACUCUUCACUCCAAGAGGUGUUCUGGGUGCUACCUUUACAUUUGUAAACAGAUGCGAUUACACAGUGUGGCCAGGUAUUCUUGCAAAUGCUGGUACCCCAACUCUUGAAACAACCGGUUUCGAGCUCCCCAAAGACACUUCUCGCACCUUUCAAGCUCCAACCGGCUGGUCCGGUCGAUUCUGGGGCCGAACCGGUUGCAGUUUCGACGGAUCCGGUUCAGGUUCUUGUCUCACCGCCGACUGUGGCUCCGGCCAACUCGAAUGCAACGGCGCCGGAGCUUCCCCGCCUGCUACCCUAGCGGAGUUCACGCUCGGCACCGGAGGGCAAGACUUCUACGAUGUCAGCCUCGUCGAUGGCUUCAAUCUUCCCAUGAUGGUUCAAGGAACCGGCGGGUCGGGUCUAUGUGCUUCCGUCGGGUGCACCUCCGAUCUCAACCAGCAAUGCCCGGCGGAGUUGAAAUCCUCCGACGGAAGCGCGUGCAAGAGCGCGUGUGAAGCUUUUGGUAGCCCUGAGUACUGCUGCAGCGGCGCGUAUGGGUCUCCGGCCACUUGUAGACCCUCUAUUUACUCGGAGAUGUUCAAGGCUGCUUGUCCCAGUUCGUAUAGCUACGCAUACGAUGACGCUACGAGUACAUUUACAUGUACAGGUGCUGAUUAUACGGUUACCUUCUGUCCAUCCACUCCUAGUCAGAAAUCUUCACGAGAUAAAACCCCCAUGACACAAGGGUCGGGGACAGGGGUAGGAACUGGGACACUGACCCCUGGGAUUGGAACAGGAACAGGAACAGGAUCCGAAGGGGCAGUGGUGUACACGGGUACGGACCCUAGCAUUGGGUAUUCAGUACCGGCUUCCGGGUCGGGUUCAGGAUCCGGAGGAGAGGCCAUGCUGGCAGAUGGGUCAUAUUUAGCUGGUUUGGCCAUGGGAGAGGGAGACUCUCAUAGCCAUAGGACAGUUUGCAAUACGUUUGUCUACUCUGUUAGCUUUUUGAUUAUUUUCUCCUUGCUUUAGCUGCAGCACCAUUCUCGUGACUUUUGGUUUUUAAAAUGUAAAUGGGUCUUAGAUUUGCGUGUUUUGAUUUAAUAGGUUCAUGAAUUUUGGCUUUGCCAGAAAAGCUGGCAGAUUCUUCCUGAUUGUAAAC